AUGAUCGGAUUGAACAUAUAUGCCCUGUACAGCUAUGCUGGUGAUGCUCAGAUAUGCUUCUUGUUAGCUUGCAUGACAGUUCAGUUAGAUUUUGUGAAGGAAAGAUUGGGCGACCUUAACGGUAACAUUUCGUCUUUGGAUCGAAGAGAACUUUUCAUGAAGCAUGUACGACACAUUGAAAUUUUGAAAAAUUUCUUGAGAGAAACCGAAGAAACAAGCUCCAUUCCUAUGUUCGCCCUGAUUUGUGUCGUUGGACUUACCAUGUGCGCCGCAGCGUUCCGUAUAACAAAGAUUGGCCCAAAUAGUGAAAUGACGCUUUUCAUUAUGAUGAUUGUAUACGUCCUUCUAAUGAUGUUGAAAAUUUACCUACCUUGUUACUACGGUACCGAGAUAGCUCACAAAAGCCAGCAGCUUACGGCCGUUUUGUAUUCAUUGGAUUGGAUCAGCUACGAUAAAGCCCUUCGCAAGGAUCUCACUCUGAUGAUGACUUUCACCAGCAGCCCCAUGGUUCUCAAAGCGGAAGGUUUAUUCAUCUAUGAUUUGAGCAUGUUCACAUCGGCGAUGAACUUUGCUUACUCUUUCUACGCGUCACUGAAAGGUGUAUUUUGA